AUGAACCAUUACAAAGACGUAAUUCAGAUGGUGCAGUGUGACCCACGGACAAGAGCAGGUCUGAGCCUCAUGUGCAGAAAGGUGCAAACGUCCACUCUGGAGACACAGCUCCUCAAAGUCAAACCCCCUGUACUUGCAUUACUCUUGCAAACUGAUGCUUUCUCCCCUCAGCGGGAAGGAAAGGUUUCCAUAGCCAACCCUCCCGAGAAACAACAGCCAAACUCCAGCACCAAGCACCCACCGGCUCCCAAUUGCUACCCUAGAAUGUCCCCCUCCCCCGAGUCCACUCACGCUUUAGAGACGAGCGGUGGCGCUGACAAUGUGGGCUGGCUCCCUUCCUCCUUCAGGCUGAGGCGGCAGCUGCGAAAGGCUCGGCGCGGAACUGAGGAAGAAGCGGUGCUAGCGUCGCUCCACCAGGCAACCACCCGGGUCUCUUCCGCGCUGCCGGGGCUGCGGCCGGCCCCCCGGGUCCCCCCCGGCCCCGCUGCCCUGGGGGGGGCUGGGGCGGGGAGGGGGCGCCGAGAACUCCCGGAGUCCCGCCGAGGAGCCGAGGGGGGUGGCGGCGAGCCCAAGAAGCCCCCCAGAGGGGGUGAAGGGGAGGGGAGGGGAAGGAGAGGACGGCGGCGCCCGGGCCGCUCACCACGCCGCCGCGGCCGCUUCACAUCGGGGUCCCCGCCCCCCCGGCCCGGGGAUGGCUCCUGGGCUGGGGGCCCCGGCUCAUACACUCCGCGAAGGGAUGCUACGGUCCCGGGCGGCCGGACCGGACGGCGGCUAAGCUGGGGGCCCGGCGGGCUCGGAUCGGCGCCGCCCCCGCUCCCGGCUCCCGCAUGUGUCGCGGCGGCCGGGAUCCCCUCCCUACACCUCGGGGGGUCCUUCGCCCCACACCCCGGGGCGAGGCAGAAAGCCCAGCCCCUCGCGGGCGUCCUCUCUCGACUGAGCAGCUACCAGUCCCGACCCGCGGCAGCCGCCUCCCUGCCCCCCGGCCGCGGGCUCCGGCUCCGGCUGGGGCUCCGGCGUGUGCAGCAGCCGCUGCCGGCCGGGAAGGUAAGGGGGGGAAGCAGACGGCGGCCGCGGCUCCCGCUGGCCCGGGCUGAGGCGAAGGUCUCGGCGGCGGCCAGUGCACGGGUGCCCGGUCUCUCGGAUGCUCGCUCACUCACUCGCUCUCACGCUCUCACCGGCGGCGUCGGCAGCACCCGGAGCUCAGCUCCCUGUCUCCCUCGCUCUGUGCGGGGCUCUCGCCUCACUCCUGAGAGGGGCGGGAGGAGAGCGGCGCCCGGCGAUGACGCAAGUCGCCUAGCAACCGCUCUCCUCCCCCUCCCUUCUCUUUCCUCUCAGCAGCGCCUUCCUUUGCUGGCCUUUACUCCCCCUCUCCAGCCACCCCGCCCAGAGAGACUGCGGCGCGUUCUGAUGACGCAUCAAGGGAAGAGGAAGUCGAGAUCUGCGAGCGGGUGGGUGCGCCUCGGGCCGCGGGACUGCUGCUGCUACCGCCGCCGCCGCCGCCGCCACCGCCUCUACGGCCGCGUCAGAACUGGAGAGGAAGGGGAGGAGCCCGGGCGAGCCUAAGCUACCGCCUGAUCUUACCCCUGACCCGAGGGCGGCGCGGAGAGAGAGCUCCGUGGCCGUUCCCUCCGGGGCAGGUGCGGACUGCUCCUCUGGGAACGAGGAGGAGGCCCCGGCUCGGGGCCGGGCUAGGGCGCGCACCACCCGAAGGUGAGGCAGUUGUCCCGGAGCAGGCUCUCCAACAGCGAGAUGGGUGGGAAAGUUGACCUCCAGCCCAGUUGCUGCACCUGCUCCCGGGAGCAAGCGCCCCACCCUCCCCGUGGCGUGGGGCGUGAAAUCUUGAGCCGCUUUUUGUGUGGUAGUGGUGCGGUGCGAAGGUCUGUUGAGUGAGUCAGUGAAUGAAUGAAUGGAUGCCUCUCGCAUCGCAGUCCCGGAACUCGGCAGUGAUGGUGGAAGUGCAAGUGUUUUGUAAAUUGCGGCAUAGAAACCUGAGAGUUGUAAUACACCCCAAAGCCACCCUCGAACUGUGAAAGGAAAGGGAUGCAAGUCGACGUUGAGAGCCGCAACUUCAGGCUUUUGUGGGAAAGGAGAACCUCAUCACUGAGGGACAGAAUGGCACUCAGAAGAGCCCGGAGCCACCUACUGAAGAUAGUAGCUCCACUGAGCUGGCUGAAUAAGAUCUGUUCAACUCCCCUCCCAGCCUGGCAGCAGGAGAAACCAGCUGCCAGACGCUGGCCGCUGGGGAGGAGGGAAUUCAUGCAUCUCCAGUUUGUUCUAUAUCCUUUCAGUUCCAUGUUUUGCCUGUUAAUCAAGAGGAGAAACAUAUCAGUUAAAUCAGAUUUCCAAAACAGUAAAUCAGGGUCAGAAACUUAUUUUGGCUAACGGUUCUUUUCCUGGCUCAUCACUUAUCAAAGAUCUGCAUGUUGUGUUGAAAUGUGACAAAGGGAUACCUGCCUGUUUCAUAACUUCCCUUGAAAGUGAGCUUGUAUGAGAAACUAAGCAAUGUUUUAUUAUCCCAUGCCAGUAGUUUCUACUGUCAAAAGAUUACAUGACCUAGCUUACCUGGCAAAAUAUCUAAAAUUGCCACUAUAGUAUAUCAGUUCAUUUUAAGCAUUUUUUGAAAUAGACUUUAAACAUAUAAGGCUAUGAGUGAUUAUCAAAGAAACUACCCCGUAAGCAGUCAACCGAGUCAAUCAGUGGCGUUUUGCUAAUCCUCCAAAAGCCCUCUAACGACCUUCCUAAACACAACUCUCCCUCCUGGAAGUUACUGUUAUUAUGACCUUUGUGGUAAUCAUUUCCUUGCUUUUCUUUAUUGUUUUAUCACAGGUGUUCAUCCCUAAGCAUUGCAUUGUUUAGUUUUUCCCUUUCUUGUGAAUGGUAUAUAAAUGAGAUAAUGUGUAAUCUGUUAUGCUUACUAUAUUUGCUCAACUGCUGUAAUCCAUAUGUUGUUCAGGUUGUUUAGAGCUACAGUUUGUUCUCUUUCAUUGCUGUUUAUACAAGUGUCCCUUUGUAACAAUGUGUAACAGUUUGUUUAGCCAUUUUGUUGUUGAUGAAAGUCUGGGUUCAGUUUGAGGCUUUUUGCUGUUGCAAAAAGUUCCUUAAAUCUGUAUUCCUUCAUCUACAUCAGAUUCUGUGUGAUCUGUACUUGAGAAUGUAUAUCAUAAACAUGAAUAAAUAAUGCCACACAGUCUUCUAACAUGA